GAUUUAAGAGACAGUACAUCACGGUAUGCAACACGCUAUUGCUCAACGGUUCGGGGUGACGUUGCUGAGGAACGCCAUCGGCUUGCCUGCAGUGACUAGAAGGAUGUCUUCACAAGGAGCAACAUGCCAACUCGAUGCUGACCGAAAAGGAACUGCCGACUUGACGGACAAGUACAUGCCAGAGCCCGUCGACCAAGUAUGCCCUCGGUCGCUGCAAAUCGUAACGCCUAACUUGUUCAGGGACUUUGGCGGCAAGCUGCGCUUCAGCGGCCAGGCAUCCACCAUCAAGUGCUUCGAGAACAACCCCCUCGUGCGCCAGGCGGUGGAGCAGCCAGGCAACGGACGCGUGCUGGUGGUGGAUGGGGGCGGAUCCCUGCGCUGCGCCCUGCUGGGCGACAUGCUUGCCGCAGCCGCCGUCAAGAACGGCUGGGCGGGCAUCAUCGUGCACGGCUGCAUCCGCGACUCGGCGGACAUCGCGGGCAUGCCGCUGGGCGUCAAGGCGCUGGGCACGCACCCGCUCAAGUCCUCCAAGCGCGACCCGGGGCAGCGGGACGUGCCGGUGUGUUUCGGGGGCGUCACGGUGAAGCCGGGGGACUGGGUGUAUGCGGAUGCGGAUGGGAUCAUCGUGUCGGAGGAGGAGUUGACGCUGUGAGGAGGGGUGGAGGGAGCUGCGUGCGUGUGUUAAGAAAACUGUGUGUGUGUUGGAGGAGGAGGUGUGGAGGGGAGAGUGUUGAACAAGCAUGCUAUUCAUGGUUUGGGGCGUUGUUGUGUUGAUAAUGGUGUGAGCCAAAAGGGUGCAGGAGGUGCAGAUGUUAAUGUGUGUUUGUGGCUUGUGUACGGUACGAUGUGGGGAGGAGGGGAAGGGGAUGAGAGUUGGGAUGAGCGAGGACUUGUGUUUAGCAGCAGGAGUGCAGUGCAGUGGAGUGGAGUUGGGCAGGCCAGGGUUGGCUGGGUGGUUGAGAGUGUGGUGCAGCAUGGAGCUCUGCGAACGAGCAACUCAGCAAAGCUUCAGGUUGCUUGCGCGGCGUUAUGGCUUGUUUGUUCUGCAGAGAUGGCCGGAUUUGGAAGGCAGGGGUGGUUAGCAGUGUGGUGUUCCAACACCUAAGUCCAGGCGGCGCCGUUUCCAGACGAUGUUCAAGAAUGGCUUACAAGUUACAAACGCCAAACGCGGCGUUUGUAACCUUACGUUAAG